CCCGCCCGCAGAUAAAUGAGCGGGAUUCGGCCGCGGAGACGUCACAAAGUAUUCGCGCCGCAAAUCGCCGGUGGUACACGGACACGGCCGCAGCAUCACCGUCGUCGACGUCGUCCCGAGCCGCACGCUAUACGCAAGCACGCCGCACAAGACAGCAGCCGGCGCCCGAUGAAAGCCGCAACGCUCCUGGCCGCCUUGGCCUGCCUACUCGAGGUCUCCCAUGCAUUCCCGUUCAAUUUCAACAAGAGGAAUUUAGAUUCUCUAGCCAGAACCGGACAGUUACCAGAGUACAAACGAUCGCUAGCAUCAUUGGCUAAAAGUGGACAAUUACCCGAAAAAUUGGUUCAAGAGAAACGGAUGUUGGACGUGUUGGAGCAAGCAAGUGAUGCAAACUCAAAAGCCAUUCAAGAGCAAAGAAAUCGGGUAGUAGAGGAAAUCAAAAAUUUGGCACAAAGUGGGAUGAUGAAAAGACAAUCAGCCUCGGAGCCUGAUUUCCGUGAUGAAUUUAAAUCGGACUUGAGGAGCAUAUUGGAUCAAUUUUUGGAAAAGUUUGGAACUACGUAUGAUCCAGAAAAGGUAGAGCUGUUUUUGACCAACAUGGCCGACGAAGUGUUCGAAAAUCAUGGUGUAGUUUCAUUAGACCACAUCCGAUUCUUGAUCGAGACUGGUUACUUCCAACCGGAAAUGCGCGAAGAAGAUGAUGUAAAACCAGCUGACGGAGAUUCAUCGCCAGACGACUAUAUCGCCAAAAGAUUCAUGGCUUCGUUAGCCCGGACUGAUAACAUGCCAUUUUGGUACAACAGUCCGAGGUACGUCGCCAAGCGGUACAUUUCUUCAUUGUUGAGACAAGGAAGAUUGCCUUAUGGCUUCCAACCCACCACGGAGUCGUCGACGAAAAGCCAAGACUGGAACUUACAAAAUGGCCAAAAACCCAAGAGGAUGAGUGACGGGACGUUUCAAAACAGCGAAGAAUUUAUACCUGUGAUGCAAGGUAGCAGAAGCUUGCAGAGUAUUAUUGACGACUUGACACAAGAACCUAUGCAGAAGAGAUACUUGGGUGCGUUAUCACGCAGCGGUUGGAUGCCCAGAGGAUUCGCUUCGACGUCGUCCCGGUCACCGGCCUCGUAUCAUUCGUUCGGCAGCACCGGACAGAGUGGCUACGGAAAGAGGCACUUGGCCGCGCUUGCCCGACUCGGUUGGCUGCCGUCCUUUAGAAAUCCUCAUUCGUUUUACAUGCGAAACGGCAGAGGGUCUUCGUUCCAGUGCGACAUAAACAAGAGGACCUUCGCCGACGCCGCCGCCACAGCCACCAACUCCGACGGGAACGUCGAGAAUACUGAGCGGCCGUUUGAAGAGCUCGGGUGGGACCACCAGCAGCCGACGACUGCAACAGAACAGGCGCAAACAGACGACGGGAUGAAGAACAAGAGGUAUCUGUUACUGCCGGCCGUGGACAACAUAUUGUUGCGCAGACAGUACCCUCAUUUAGCGACAAAUAAAAUUUAAUUUAAUACUAUAAGUUACACGCUUCGCCGACGUAUACAAUAUUUAACGAUAACGUAAUGUUUUAACAAAUAAUACAUAAUAAUAUUACUAUAACAUAUUAAUAUAAUAUAACGUCAUAUUUACCUCGUCGUAUUAGACACAAUAUCCACCGCCCGUCCGGCACGGGGCCGACGGCGCACCGUUGUAAUACACGAUAAAUUAUCGUCGCGAUAAAAGUAGUAUUAUGAUUUUGUGCACGAUCGGACUUACCGGACGGGUAAGUACAAUAAUCGACAAAACCUUUUUAUUGGAAUUUCUCAAAUUAUAAGACAAUAAUAACUAUGUGUGUUUCUUAAAAAUUAAAUUAUCGUACUUAAAAAUAAUAUUAAUAAUAUGUGUGUGUGUUGACAUAUUAUUUAGCUUUGCCACGUUAAGAAAAAAAAAAAAAAAAGAAUCAACAUUUAAGAAUAGGCAUAAUAUUAUAGAACAAUUACAAUUAUUCCCUAUAAUAUGGCUAUUAUAUUGUAGACGUUUAUCUUCUAUUAUAAUGAACAUAAUAUAAAAAUAAAGUUAUUUUAAGUGUAACAUUAA